CACACACACACACACACGCAAACACACACACACACACACACACACACACACACACACACACACACAGACUCUCAGGGCCUCAGAAUGACACGGCUCUGAUCGGAGGAGGUGAUCUCUGAAAUUGCUCAGUGAGCACCCCUAAUUCACCUGAUUUACGUAUCGCUGUCAAUCACACCCAAUGGAAUCCAAUCAGAAAGCAGGCGGGGACGGACUGGCGGGGACGCAGAAGGAGGCGGCGCUGCGGGCGCUGAUGCAACGCACAGGAUACCAACUGCAGCAGGAGAACGGCCAGCGGCGGUACGGCGGCCCACCGCCCAGCUGGGACGGACCGCCGCCAGAGAGAGGCAGCGAGAUCUUCGUGGGGAAACUACCAAGAGAUCUGUUUGAAGACGAGCUGGUUCCUCUGUGUGAGAAGUUCGGUAAGAUCUACGAGGUGAGGAUGAUGAUGGACUUUAACGGGAACAACAGAGGUUACGCCUUCGUCACCUUCGGCACCAAACUGGAGGCCAAAGCCGCCAUGAAGCAGCUCAACAACUACGAGAUCAGAAAUGGCCGCCUCCUCGGAGUCUGCGCCAGUGUCGACAACUGCCGUCUGUUUGUGGGCGGGAUUCCCAAAACCAAGAAGCGCGAGGAGAUCCUGUCUGAGAUGAGGAAGGUCACCGACGGGGUCGUGGACGUCAUAGUGUACCCCAGCGCCGCCGACAAAUCCAAGAACAGGGGCUUCGCCUUCGUGGAGUACGAGAGCCACCGAGCGGCCGCCAUGGCCCGCCGCAAACUGCUGCCAGGUCGUAUCCAGCUGUGGGGUCACGCCAUCGCUGUGGACUGGGCGGAGCCUGAGGUGGAGGUGGAUGAGGAUACCAUGGCAACCGUGAAGAUCCUGUACGUCAGGAACCUGAUGCUGCAGACCACCGAGGAGACCAUCGAGAAGGAGUUCAACGGCCUCAGACCAGGAGCCGUGGAGCGAGUGAAGAAGAUCAGAGACUACGCCUUCGUCCAUUUCUCUCAGAGAGAGGAUGCCGUCAACGCCAUGAACGCCCUCAACGGGAAGCUGGUGGACGGCUCUCCCAUCGAGGUCACUCUGGCCAAGCCGGUGGACAAGGACAGUUACGUCCGUUACACCAGGGGGACGGGAGGACGAGGAGGUUCUCUGCUGCAGCCCGACUACGCUGCCUACACUCUGGGACAGGUGUACGACCCCUCGGCGGCGUAUCUCGGUCCGCCCGUGUUUUACGCCCCCCAGGCCUACGCCGCCAUACCGAGUCAGUUCCGCUUCCCGGCGGCCAAAGCUCACGUUGGAGGUCGAGGUCUGAUCAGGACACCGUCGGUCAGAGAAAUUUACAUGACUGUACCUGUAGGGGCUGCCGGGGUGCGGGGGCUGGGCGGGCGGGGAUACCUGGCCUACGCCGCCGCCGGGGUCGGAGCCUUGGGUGGAGCCGGCGGCGGCGGCGGCGGCGCAUCCUACGGUCUGAAGGUGGACAAACAGGCGGAGGAGAAGCUGUACGACCUGCUGCCGGGCAUGGAGCUGACCCCCAUGAACCCUACCGCCAUGAGCCUGAAGGCCGCCGCCAUCAAACCUGCGACACAGGUUCUGGAGGAGUUGUGUCAGAAGAAUAACUGGGGUCACCCCGUCUAUCAGCUCCACUCAGCCAUCGGACCGGACCAGAGACAACUGUUCCUCUACAAGAUCACCAUCCCUGCUCUGGCUACACAGUACCCCAACGUCCAUCCCUUCACGCCAACUAAGCUGUGCGCGGCCGUAGAAGAAGCUAAAGUCCACGCCGCCGAGCACACCCUGCAGACGCUCGGCCUGCAGACGGAGGGCACCGCCGACGCCGCCUGUGCUACUGCCGCCGCCGUGGCCUCGGUAGCCUUCCCAGGUUACACUCUGGCAAGCCCGGCGGCAUCUGCGGUCGCCUCCCAGCUGAAGCAGGCUGUAUCUCUGGGUCAGGACCUGACCGCCUACACCACCUACGAGGGAUACCCCGCCUUCGCUGUGGCGACGCGCCACUCCGACGGAUACGGCGUUUUCUAGAAGAGCGGUUUCCAACGAGGAAAAACACUCACAGCUCAAGACGCAGUCACACUAAACUGCUUUAAAAAAAAAAAAAAAAAUAGAAGUGCACUCGGAGAGUGCAGACCUCC